AUGCCCAUUGGCACCACCGUACGGAAGUUGGAACAACCUGACACGGGAGAGGGCGAAGCGGGUGACUACGCAUUGGUACAUCUGGGCGUCGGUUGGAUCGACAUGGGGACUCGGAGCGAGGGCGUCUGGCCUCGAAACGAACCAGUUCUGGCGUCCUAUGACAUUCCGGACGUCAUUGAGUACCUGAAGACGUUCAAGCUGGGCCUGAUGGCACUUGCUCAGCGGGUCCAGAACGCCUCCAGUGAUGCGACGGUCGUUGCCUCCAAGCCUCCGUCGAUGCAGAUGGAGUGGACCGUGAAUCUUCCAGUUCAGCUCGAGAACGCGGCGGACUGGAAACGAGCGUCGGUCGCCUACGUGCACCUUCUGGAGACCUUCGAGUCCUUCGCGGAGCCGUUUGAGGGAUUCCUAUGUAGGGCGGCUGAGCUGCACACCAUACCAUAUGUCGAUAUCGAGUUCGAUGCGUGGGUUCUGAAGUGCGUUACAGUAUGCUUGACCGCUUCUAGGGUAAACUCUGUGAGAGAGGCCGGGUUUCGGUCUGGUCAAGAGCUGAGCGAAGGACUACGGUGCAGUAUCAUAGUGGCCGAUCUUCUUCUCAGCGGUUACGAAGAUCGCCUCGUGAAGAGUGAUCGCUCUUAG